AUGAGUGCAGCUCUUGUGCGGCAAUCGGCCUCGAGAACUUCUCGAUACUAUACCAAAACUUUCUCGAUUGUUUUUGGUGCACAACCGGCUACACAAUGGCGCUCACAUAGUAGUUACAACCACUUUGUUGGUCGUACCAAACUCGCUACCGCAGACCCAAAUGCCGAUUUUCUUCCUUUUAUGUGUAAGGAUGUGAAGCCUUUUACGCUUGCUGUCAAGGACAAUAUUGCAACCUCUGAGUUCCCGACACAAUGCGCCUCACAUAUUCUCUCGGCUCAUCCUUCACCUUUCGAAGCUACUGUCGUCCGCCAAUUACGCAAAAGGGGUGCGACAGUUAUUGGGAAGACUAACAUGGAUGAGUUUGGUAUGGGAUCUCACUCCACAAACUCGGUGCAUGGGGCAGUGAAGAAUCCUUUAGCUAAGGAUGGCAAUGCAUCCGCUGGUGGAAGCUCUGGUGGAAGUGCUGUUGCAGUACGCUUAGGAGACGCCGAUGUCGCAUUGGGAACAGACACCGGUGGUUCAAUUCGAUUACCAGCUGCGUAUACUGGGACAGUUGGCUAUAAGCCUAGUUACGGCAUGAUAUCUCGAUUCGGUGUCGUGCCGUAUGCAAACUCUUUGGAUACGGUUGGCUUCAUGGCCAAGGAUGUUAAGCCGAUAUAUGACCUUGUGUUCAAGACCAAAAUGCAUGAGGAGCAUGACUCCCAGGAUCCAACGUCACUGCCUUCUGCAUCUCGGAAACGAUGCGCCGAGACGAUACCAUCCGCUCUCCCUGAUCUUUCGAAACUAAAUAUUGGUAUUCCCCUCGAGUACAAUAUCGAUGAGCUUGAUCCUUCCAUUCGCGCCGCUUGGAUAUCUGCUGCUUCUAACCUUGAGGCACAGGGUGCAGCACUAGUGCCCAUCUCACUACCAUCUACCAAAGAAGCACUUUGCGCUUAUUACGUUCUUGCCCCUGCGGAAGCUUCGUCAAACCUUGCCAAGUACGAUGGUGUUCGCUACGGAAAACGUGGCGAAGGCAGCGAUGCAGUCGGUGAGACUCUUUACUCUGAUACUCGUGGCGAGGGUUUCGGUGAAGAAGUCAGGCGGCGAAUUCUACUGGGUACCUACAGUCUCAGCUCCGAAGCCAUAGACAACUACUUCAUCCAGGCCCAAAAGGUUCGUCGGAUGGUGCAACAGGACUUCGACCGUGUCUUUCGUCUUGAUAACCCUCUUUACGAGCCGGCGCAAUUUGACCUCAGCGAUAUGGCUGAGACCACUGGUAUGGAAGACAAGACUGGUCCAGUCCAAAUUGACUUCAUCCUGUGCCCUACAGCACCGACAUUUCCUCCGAGAUUAGAAGAGAUUGAGAAGCAAAGUAGUGUGGAUGCAUACAUGAAUGAUGCGUUCACCGUACCAGCAAGUCUAGCAGGGUUACCGGCUGUGAGUAUUCCAGCUAAAGUGGAAGGAAGUCCGUUCCCAGCAGGUCUGCAGAUUAUCGGGCAGUACUGGGAUGACCAAAGAGUACUUCAACUGGCGGAAAGACUGAAGUCCAUGGUUAUAUAA